AGCAAAUGCUCUAAAUAGGCCUUUUUGCAGCGCAAUAGGAUACCAUUUCCCAUUUUAUCUCAGGAUUUAAUACUACAGAAAAGCAAAAAGCAAGAAGAAAAAAAAAACAAAGGCAGCACUAGUUCUCAGUCCUCAGUAAUGUCUUCAAUGGCAUCACCAAGUACCCACCAUUUUUACCCAAACAGAUUCAAAAGCAAAGUAUUCAGUACUAAAUCUUGUUUCUCCCCUUUUAUUGUUUCAUGUAAGGAGCAACACAAGCAACAGCAACAGCAAGAUGAAAGCACCAAACAAGUGGGUCGCAGGGAAAUAAUACUAAGGAGCAGUGAAGUUGCAUUUCUUGGUGCCCUCUUCAACUUCAGUGGUAAAAAGCCAGAUUACUUGGGCGUUCAGAAGAAUCCACAUGGUCUAGCUCUUUGUCCAGCCACCAAAAAUUGUGUUUCUACUUCUGAGAACAUCAGUGAUGCUACCCACUAUGCACCUCCUUGGAACUAUAAUCCUGAAGGGAAACAGGGGAAUGUCAGCAGAGAGAAGGCAAUGGAGGAGCUACUUCAAGUGCUAAGAUCAACAAAACCAGACAAGUCCUCUCCAAAAAUAGUGGAGAAGAAAGACGAUUAUGUGCGUGUGGAAUAUGAAAGUCCUAUCUUGGGGUUAGUAGAUGAUGUCGAGUUCUGGUUCCCACCAGGGAAGAAAUCAAUUGUACAGUAUAGAGCAGCAUCUCGCUUGGGGAAUUAUGACUUUGAUGCUAAUAGAAAGAGAAUCAAGGCCCUGAGAUUGCAGUUAGAGAAGAAGGGAUGGGCAUCAGAAGACACAUUCUGAAAUAUGAGAUCUUCGUAAAGGGGCACUUAUUCUUUACUUCUUAGCGACAUGAAUAAGAUCAUCUACUGAAGACAGAUUGACUCAUAUAUUGAGCCCUUUUUAUUUGAAAACCUUAAGAGAAGAGAUGAAAUAACAUCAACGUUCUGGCCACUGUGUUAGCUUUUGAAAUUCUGAUGAAACAGCUUCAACAGAGCAUUGAAUGUAUAGGCCUUCAGUUGUUGAAAUUGCAUUUUACCAAAAGAACAAGCUGCAAAUCAUCAUAGACAUA